CAACAAAAAUUAAAAGGGCGUUUGGACAAAAUACUUAUGUGUCGGCUCCUCAUUCGCUGAGCUGUGAAUUUUCGGACGGCUCCUCCUCCCCCCAGCCCCAAAUUCGUCAUUUAUCACUCUCUGUUUUCUUCCUCUUUGUUUUUUUUUAUUUUUUAUUUUUUGUCGGACCUCUCUCUCUCUCUCUCUCUCCAAACAUGUUCUGCUGCGCCCAACUCCAACUCUCUCCUAGACUCCAAUGGUGUCUGGAGAAUUAUCACUGAGCAUCCGCCAUUACUGAGAGAUUAUUAUCUUCUGGGUUUUUUUCUUUUUCUUUUUCCUUUUCUCUCCUCCUCUUAUUCCUCCAUCCAAUUCCGACACUCCCUCUAGAUUCUCAUCUCACAAGUCCGUUCCUUUCCCUAGAUUCCGAUCUAUCCACCGCCCCAUCUAAGUUCAUCUUCUCUGCGCAACCAAUCGUGUCGGUUCAGUUGCCCUCGCGUUUCUCCAUCUGCUAGGGUUUCUGCAUUCUGCAAUUGUAUCUUGCGCCAUUUCUCUCCGUUGCUUGGUCAGCCAUUCGAAAAUGCUGCUCCUUUAGGACAAACCCAUCUCAGGAUUCGCUCCAAGAUUCCGGCUUUUGUGGGUUACCCUCCUGUUUUCGCGAGCCUAAUCUACCUCAUCGAAAUCGAUCCCUGGUUUAUAUUUUGGGGGUCGUCCUGGUUUGAGUUGCAUUCGGCUGAAGGUCGACAGCUUUGGAAAGCAGCAUCCAUGGGGCUUCUUCUUCUUCGAAGUCUCACGAUUCUGAUGUGCUUCUCUUGGCUACCUGAUCUCGGAGCUCAAUCUGGAAAUGGAUCAUUAGAUUCUCUUCUUCAAGAAUAUUCUUUCAGGGGGUUUGGUACGCGACCAAAGACGGGCACUCCCUAUGAUGGGCAUAUCCCCUCUAACAUGAUUGGGAUUGAGGUUGCAGCUCUAAGGCUUAGAAGUGGAAGUCUAAGGAGGAAAGGGUAUGCAAAGUACAGGGAGUUUUCGAUUCCAGAAGGAGUUACUGUAACGCCUUACGUUGAGAGGCUUGUUUUGGUUUAUCAGAACUUGGGCAACUGGUCAGAGUUCUAUUAUCCAUUGACAGGCUAUUCUUACUUGGCUCCAGUAGUAGGGCUCCUUGCUUAUGAUGCUCAGAACUUAUCAGCUACGGGCUUGCCUGAAUUGGACAUAAGGGCGUCUGAAGAUCCCAUAUCCAUUUCCUUUUCCAACGUUAGGCCAGAACCAGACAGGUUUUCGGCUAAGUGUGUGCGGUUUGGUCCUAAGGGUCUGAUCAACUUCAGCAGCAUGUCAUCGGGGAACGUAUGCGUGACAACUCAGCCGGGUCAUUUCUCCAUAGUGGCAGAGUCUAAAGCUCCUUCUCCUCUUCCUGUUACACCCACUGCUCCUCCUCCUCCGAUGCCGAGUCCUCCUUCCCCUGACAAGAAGAAAAAGAAUGAAUCUAAAACCAGGGCAUGGAUUAUAGCGGGAUCGGUGGUGGGGGGAGUAAUAGUGCUGGGGCUGUUGUCAUUGCUAGCACUGUGUGGGCACAAGUACAAGCAGAGGAAGGAAAUGAAGAGAAUAGAGAUGGCUGCAGAGGCAGGAGAGCCUCUGAACAUGGUUUCGGUUGGGGAUACGAGAGCACCAGCAGCCACAGUGACUCGAACUCAACCCGUCCUGGAGAACGAAUACAUGAUGUGACUUGUAAUAUACGAGAGCUCCAGACCAAGAUUUGGCUGCCAUGAAUGAAACAUGGGACUAGGAAUAGGGUUUUUCUUGUGUUGGUUUUAUGUUUAUUAUGAUCCUCAGUUGGUUGUUGUUGUUGUACGUGUCUGGUUUUUUGGGACAGAGAUGUGUCCAUAGAAUACAUUCCUCAUUCAUUGACAAGGAAUAAUGAUAACUGGUGACAAUAAGAUCUUUUCCCUUUGUUUUUGGAUU